CUCAGUCCACGUGGGGCAGGCUGGUGUGCAGAUUGGCAAUGCCUGCUGGGAGCUCUAUUGCUUGGAACAUGGAAUCCAACCAGAUGGGCAGAUGCCCAGCGACAAGACCAUCGGGGGAGGGGAUGACUCCUUCAACACCUUCUUUAGUGAAACUGGGGCUGGAAAAUAUGUGCCCCGGGCAGUAUUUGUGGAUCUGGAGCCCACUGUGAUUGAUGAGGUUUGGAUGGGCACAUACCACCAGCUCUUCCAUCCAGAGCAACUUAUCACCGGCAAGGAAGAUGCUGCCAAUAACUACGCUGGAGGCCACUACACCAUCGGAAAGGAGCUCUUCGACCUGGUGAUGGACCGGAUUCGGAAGCUGGCUGACCAGUGCACAGGACUCCAAGGAUUCCUCAUCUUUCCCAGCUUUGGAGGGGGCACAGGCUCUGGCUUCACCUCGCUCCUCAUGGAGCGGCUCUCCGUUGACUACGGCAAGAAAUCCAAGCUGGAGUUCUCCAUCUACCCAGCCCCCCAGGUGUCCACAGCCGUGGUCGAGCCCUACAACUCCAUCCUGACCACCCACACCACCCUGGAGCACUCAGACUGUGCCUUCAUGGUGGACAAUGAAGCCAUCUAUGAUAUCUGCCGCCGCAACCUGAACAUCGAGCGCCCAACCUACACCAACCUCAACUGCCUCAUCAGCCAAAUCGUCUCCUCCAUCAUGGCUUCCCUGUGCUUCGACGGGGCCCUCAAUGUGGACCUGACAGAGUUCCAAACCAACCUGGUGCCCUACCCUCGCAUCCACUUCCCCCUGGCCACGUAUGCACCAGUCAUCUCUGCAGAGAAGGCCUACCACGAGCAGCUGUCAGUGGCAGAGAUCACCAAUGCCUGCUUCGAGCCUGCCAACCAGAUGGUGAAGUGUGAUCCCUGUCAUGGCAAGUACAUGGCCAUGUACUUUUCUCUACUAAAAGGGCUGACUUUCAAAUCUCUAUUUGACUCCUGUGUCUUUCUCUCAACUGGUUUCAAACAUGGAAAGAGAAGAGGGGAUACCUGGGGUGCCCGUCAAACCCCAAGAAGUUGCAGUCACUUAUUGAGCACCUCCUAUGUCCCAGGCCCUGUAUCCAUAUUGUCUUAUUUAAUCUGGAAGUAAAUACAGUUACACCUGGUGGACUGGAAGCUUCAUGGAAAGGAGGACUGUUCUAUCCUUCACACCCAGAAUGUUGCCUGACAUAAUUAGACACCCAAUAUUUGUUGAAUAGAUUUGUUAAAUGAAUGCCUAUUUUAUAGAUGUGGAGACUGAGGCUCAGAGAAGUUCUGUGACUUGCCCAAGAUCACUCAGCUACAAAAUGGAGGAGUCAGGAUUCAAAUCCAGGUUGGCCCUGGUCAAAGCCUGUGCUGCUGCCCUCCACUUGCUCAGAUGCCCUCCCUUCCUGCCUGAAGCAGUUCCAGGCAUCCCUCCAGACGCCACCUCUUCUGGGCCUGCCAGGUCCCCAGUGCCCAGACAGUGACUCAGGUGCCUCAAAGGCAGGGAGGAGGUGACGCUUGAUAGUCCCCUGCCCAGGAGCUGUGGUGAAGGACAUGGCGUGGGUGGGAGGGACCCAGGAUGGGAGGGAACCAGCUUCUGGGGCUGAACAAGGGCAGAGGCAUCUUUGGGGCUGUCAGUGCCCUCUGGAGAAAGGCCCCACGACAUCUCAUAGGAAAUGAGGUAUGGCUUGAGAGAGGCCAGGAGGGAGGACCAGAGAGGGAGGCGAGGUCUUCACCUCCCAGGAGAGCUGGGCAUCUGGAGAGGUGGCCAGCUUCCCCUCCCAUUUGCUGUACCAGCCAGCCCACCCUGGGCAGCUGUAUGACUAUCUGCUCACAGACCCCGCAGGGCCUCCCAGCUAGUGAUGCUGCUGGUGAGGACCAGCAGACGGAGAUCGGACUGAGCAGGGAUUGUGAGGCGAGGGGCAGCUGGGGUGUCACCCAGCCCGGCUCCUGGGGGCUCCCUCAAUCUAGGGGAAUCCUUGCAUCCUUAACGCUUGUAAAGCCAGAGUGCAGUGUCUUCCACAAGAAAUAGAUUCUCAAACUUGAAUUCCACCCAACACAUUUAUUCCCUUGCCUCUGAUGUGUUAGGAACAUGCCUGCCUCCAAAGCUGCGUUCUCACCGUUUCCUCCUUUGGAAUGCCAACCUCCCCCUGCUUGUCUCAGUGUUGCCAUUCCUUCCAGUUUAGGUCACAGCCACCCAGAACCUAUCAGCCCUGGGGAGCCCCCCCUUCUCUAGAUUCUCCCAACACCUACUGUCUGUCCCUAUCACUCAUUUGGCACCUGGUAUCGACUGCCUUGUAUGGCAGCACUUAGCUUCUUGCCAAUAUCCUAUUUCUACAACUAGAUUAUUUAAAAUUAAGUAUUACAUAAAUUACCAAAGAGGUUUACAAACAGCAAAAAUAAAUCUAUGCAGUGAAAAUUAGUCUCCAUUUUUCCCCUCUUGGCAGCCUCCACUGCUGACUUUUGGGUUAGUGUUUUCUUCCAGAGGCAUGUGUGUAUACACACUUUGAUAUACUUUGUUCUACACCUUGUUUUUUCAUUUCACAAUAAAUCUAGAAGAUGGUUCAAGUCAUUCUUUUUGGUGAUAAUAUAGUAGUCCAUUGUAUAAUGUAUCAUUGCUUAUUUAAUCAGUCUGCUAUUAAUGGGUAUUUAGAUUGUUUCCAAUCCUUUGCUGUGAAAAAAAAUGCUGCAACCUUUGUUCAUACUUCUUUGUAUGUAUGCACAACUGUAAAUUCUUAGCAUUGGAAUUUCUGGGUCAAAAGCUAUGCACUUUUAAUUUUGAUAUGCCCCAUGUCGUUCUCUUUACAAGUUAUGCCAAAUUAUCCUCACAUUACCAAUGUAUGAGAAUGCCUGUGCCCAUACAGUGUAUUCAACUUCUUGCUCUUUGUCAUUUGUAAGUGAAACAAAAAAUUUUGUUGCAGCUUUCCUUUAUAGUUCUCUUAUUAUGAAUGAGAUUGAACAUCUCAUGUGUAAAAGCCAGUAUUUUCUCAUGUGUAAACUGUCUUGUCUGUACCCUUUGCCCAUUAAAAACUUGCAUUGUU